CUGACGCAUUGCUCCCGUUGCUUCUCUCCCCACCACCAGAUUUACUAUUCGACCACACGGACAGUUCAUUUUUCGAAUACCCUGACCUGAAGAGACGAGAAAAAGCGACUCUAGCGAAAUUCAUUACUGUCUUUUCGCAGUCGGAUGAAUGUCUGACUAUAGGUCUGACAUCACUCGCGGGGACCGAUAUCGCUCGGACGUCUUGACCACUACUAGAUUGGAGGCACACGCGACAGAGUCAUGGCCUUGGAUUGAAGACAGAGCAAUGGCGGCUACUUCUGGAACGGGAAACUCUCCUGCUCCGGACGCCAGUGGAACUAACGAUCAUGUUUCGAUCGCCCAGAAGAUGGUUUCUGCCACACUUGGCAGCGUUUUAACCAACCUGCUAGUGACGCCUCUUGACGUUGUUCGAGUCCGGCUCCAGUCUCAAUCGGCGAUUAAAAAUACAUAUCCCUUCACCCACCACACAGCUCAAACGUUUAAGAACGUACACCCAGAUUUAGGAGUAACGGCAUGCUGUCGUGAGGUCUUCUGGAUUGGUCAGAAUACCCAAAUAUGUAUGGCUGGACCCGGAGCAGGAGCCAUUGGUGCACCUGCGCCUGCUAUGGCGGAUUGUGCUGUGGAGGAAGUCCAGCGGAGAACGUUUACAUCCACACUUGAUGGUCUACGGAAGAUUGCUCGAAAUGAAGGAGUGUUGACCCUUUGGCGUGGGCUUAGUCCGACCAUGAUGAUGAGUAUUCCGGCAAACAUCAUUUACUUUGCGGGAUACGAUUGGCUGCGAACCGAUGAAAGAAGCCCAAUCCAGAAACUCUUGCCAGACGCCUAUGCGGCUUUCUUUUCAGGAUCCGUUGCAAGAGUUGCCGCUGCAUCUGCGAUCAGCCCCAUCGAGAUGUUUCGAACGCGUUUACAGGCUACCCCGGGUACCGGCGCAGGGCAUUUCAAGGCCACCCUGGAAGGCUUACACCAAAUGACAAAAACUUACGGCUAUGGUUCGCUCUGGCGAGGAUUAACACUUACCAUGUGGCGUGAUGUGCCUUUCUCCGGUCUGUAUUGGUGGGGAUACGAGGAGGUAAAAAAGUGUCUCAUCGAGGCGCGUCAUGAAGCCCACGAGCACCUGUUGCCGACUGCAUCGUCUUCUGCGGGGCAUCAACAGUCGGACGAUCUGCAUGCGCCCACGUUUGUCGAUAGCUUUAUUGCUGGUGCCACAUCAGGUUCAGUAGCAGCAUUCGUCACGACUCCUUUUGACGUGGGGAAAACUCGGCAACAGGUUUUCCGACACAUAGGUGAUGACACACAGACUUCUCAGAAAGCCAGCGUACCACGAGGGGCUCUUUAUCCUGAGCAGCUUUCGUUGCCCAGAUUUCUCAUGCAUAUCUUCCGUGAGGAGGGCAUGGCCGGGCUCUUUCGCGGCUGGGUAGCACGUUGCUUGAAAGUAGCACCAGCUUGCGCCAUCAUGAUUUCUACAUAUGAAGUCGGAAAGAAGAUGGCUCGGGGCGUUAACGAGAGGCGUCAUCCUGCGGAUGAACACUCAGACUCUGUAUAACAUCUCGCUCAGAUGGCUUUGUCUCGGACUAGUUGCUGGACAAGAACGGAUUUAACCGCCCACAAUGCUUUGCAUUUCAGAGCACAAGCACAUUCGAACUUCAUUUGAACUCUUCAUCACGCCCUACUUGUAUGGGGACUUAAAUACCCUCGGCGAUUUUCGUUAUUGUUUAAUUCUGUUGUAAGACUCCGCUUCUGGUUAUGGCUUUUCCUUUUGACGAUACCGUAUGAGUUUUCAUUUAUAGAGCAUCUUUUUAAUUCUUUGUUGGGGUCGAAAAUGGGUGGUACUGGUCACUUCACUCGAAAAGCGUUGCAUUCCGGCUAUCGUGUACAUACAUACACCUGGUGAUAGAGCCAACAAACUCCCCUCCUCCCUGUAUUAUAUUGAUUCAAUCAACAUCAAUAUCUCCGACA